UUUUUAGUUUAAUCAAGUGAGUGACACGAACACGUCUAGUUUACAAAAAGAAUUUUCACUUUCGUAAUUUUAUGUAAUGCAAAACGUAUACCAGACCAAGCAUGGCAAAGCUGCGUCCCGUCGCAGAAUCCUAGCUUGGAUAAACAGCCAUCUUGGCACCAGUUUCACGUGUUUAGAGGACCUGCGAACCGGCGAGGAAUAUUGUCAAAUGCUUCACAAGCUGCAGCCGUCGGCUAUUAGGUUGAAUAAGGUCUUCAAGAAUCCGAAGACCCAUUAUGAAUUUGUGUAUAAUAUGAGACUGCUGCAAAGGAGCCUCUUCAAACAGGGCGUUGAGAAGCAAAUCCCCAUUCAGCGGCUGGUCUCUGGUGGUAAUAGCGAGAAUUUGGAGUUUGCCCGGUGGUUCAAGGCAUUCUAUGAUCUCAACUAUCAACUGUUAAGGGGCGAAAAUACCCAAGAUUCUCAGGAUAAAGAGAUAGAUGUAAUGAAGACAAGUGUAGAACCCCAAUCAAUGCCUGAAUGUUUCGUGAAUACCGAAAAAAGCAGAUAUGGAUCACGAUGUAGGAGUUAUUCACAUUCCAUAAAUCCUAGAUUAGUCUCAACUGCAACCAGUCCACAUUCAAAAGAACCAGUGAACAAUUUUGAAAACUACCAGAGGUGUGAAUGUGGAAGUUAUAAGUAUUCAAGAACAACUAGAAGUAACUCAUCAUUUAAAUCAAAUGAGCAACGAAGAGAAUCUUCCCUAUUGCGGUUUCGUCGAAGGGAAUUGUUAGGCUCGAUGAACUCUACGGCAAACCUAAAGUGGUCACAUCUAAGAAAUCGCCACUAUUUUCGAAUGCCACACUCGUUCUAUGACAUGCUAGAGACCGUCAACAGAAGAACUGCAAAUAUAGAUUCGACAUUAGAUUCAAUUUGGAGAUCCUUAAUUAGAGAAAAUCCUGAAGCUUGCAGCAAGGUUUUUCAUAAGAAAUAUAGAAUCUUAUAUUCGCGAUUCAUUAAUAAUAUUAAGAGAUGGAAAUCUAAAAGAGAUUUACAAAAUAAGCAAAGAAUUUCUCAACCAGUGGUGUUUCCAAAAUCAGAAAAUCUAUAUUCCUCACUGUCAAUAGUCGAGCCUGACAUUGUCCUUAACACGCAAGGACUGUCUUCAGAUGUUGAGAGCCCCAGUAGAUCGUUGACUAGUAAAAUCGACGUACCAGAUGAGAAACCAGGCAAUGAACCAGAUCUACUUCGAAGUCCAGAGUCAAUUAGCACACAGAUAAUUGAGGAUUCUGGCACUGUUCUGGUUACGCAAUGUUUACCUUUGGAUGAUGAUGUGCUCAUGUCCUCUAACUUGGAAACCUUAAGUGCAAACGAAAUAGACCUCGGAGAACAAUCAACUUUAAGACAUGGCAUUCAUGCGGCUGAAAUGGAUAACCAAACUUUAAUGACUGAUGAUUUAAGUUUCGACUUCGAAAAAUUCUCAGAUGAAGAAGAACUUUCACUUGGCCCAGAAUUGUAUUAUUCUUCGUCGGCAGAUGAAUGGUCCUUAAACUCACUUGAGGGCUAUACAACAGACGGAUGCUUUUCCCCCAGAAACCUUUCUUCUCCAACGAAUAACAGUUUGAAUUAUUCGGAGGAUUUAUUCCAGACGGUGCUGAAAUCGGACAAGCCAAUUUCUUUCGGAAUUGUCAGAAACAAAUCGCAGUCAAAUAUUUGUAAUUCUGCAAAUGAAAUAUGGCAGAAUAUAGAAAUUGAUUUGGAGAAAAUCGAUCCUAAAAACUGGAGUCGCUGUAAGAACUCCAAUGGGAAACUUCUCGGAAAACGUUUGGCUCAAGUUUUCUACCGGUCUAGACAAUUCAAACUUCGGUCGACAUUUGGUGGUUUUCAUAAACAGAAAACCGUUAAAAUCAAAUCCCUGAAGUAUUCGAUAAAAAAUUUGAAAGUGGCAUCCCCAAUAAUUUCGUCGGAUGAAGAGUACUCUUCCGAUGAUUACUCUGCUGUUGGAGAUAUAGGAAAGAAACUCACAUGUGUGCUGGAGGAUUUGCAAAGAAAUCUUAAAAACCUCCGAAAGAUUCUGAAGAACCCGCAAAAGAUUAAUGAGAGAAGAAAACCACUUUAAAAUAUUUCAUUUACCGAUGACAAAUAAUAGCAGAAAAAAUAGUUUAAGUACUUAGAUUUACAUAUUUCUAGCUGAAAGUUCUUUCUCUAUUUAAAAUAGCCUGUUUCGGCCGACUUGAUUAAAAAAAUUCUACAAAUUUGCAUAAUCUUCAUCAGCUCAAUGAAAAAAAAUUAAAAAGUUCCUCACCCAAACGGUUCUUCUGUAGCAAAAUAAA